AUGGCCUGUCCCUGCAAUGGAAUUGGGAUUAUCUUAUCGGGUGAUGAACGAUGUGGGCGUGGAAGUGCACUCUCGUGGCUGCCGAUGAAGUCGCUUGGCUUGUCGCUGCGCUGUUGUGCCUGGGUCUGAGAUCUGAGACUAUGUCUGGUGACCUCACUCUCUCACUCUCACCAGGCGGUUUCGCUCGCCCUCGUGAUCUCUCGGGCUUUCAGUGGGAUGGAUAUAUUGCAUGGACCGAAUCCGGAGCGGACAUCCCAUAUUCCCAUGGCAUUUGGGAAAUUUUGUUACGACUUAUGUUUAUGAUUACGACUACCUGGAGAUAUGAUGAUGAUGAUGAUGAUGAUGAUGAUGAUGAUGAUGAUGAUGAUGGUUAAACAGUCCCCUCGAUUGGACGUGUUAUGAAUUACGACUCAUUAUAAUGACAGUUCUUUGCUGCAUGAUAUUCGCAAAUACAUCAUGGAUAUUUACUACCUUAUGGUCUUGGUUAGACGAAUGGUAUCUGGGACUGUGACUUUGGGAUAUGUGGAGGUACUUACUUACGUACUACCCAAAA